GGCAGUGGGGGCGGGGAGCGAGCGCUAGGCUUGCGGCGGCCGCAGGGGCCGAGGUGCACGCUGUGGCCGCGGCGGCCGAGGCCCGAGGACCCGCCGCGGCUCGGUCUCCGGAGAGGGAGGGCUCCGCCGCCGCCGCCGCCCGGCCGGUGCCCGGUAAAAUCAAUCCAGAGAAUCGAUGGAAUUUGCCCCAGGUGUGGCACCCAGCAAGCCAGCAGUGAGGACCUGGGUACUGGCGGAUGGGGAUGGUGGUUCUCCCUCUCUGUUUGUGAAGGUCACCGCUGGACACACGCUUUUCUGCAGGUGGGGGUUGGCCAUAGCUCGUUUGUCGCGCUGGAACUCCUUCCAUUCUUUGAGGCCAGAAGCCACGGAGCCCUGAGUGACUGUGGAGUCUCUGGACACCUCUGCGGCCCUGUUGCCUCCCAGCUGAGGCAGCGCCAGCACUGGCUCACACACAAGGACAGAGCUCCUGGACUGCCAGGUUCCCCACCAGGGAGGAGGAGGAGGAGGAAGAGAAAUCCCUCUGCCAGGGCCUGAGCGUGGCCUGCGGGACAGGCCAUCGUCCCAGAAUGCCCCUGCCAGAGUCCAGUGAGCAGAAGGGCGAGAGUGUGAAGGCUGGCCAGGAGCCGUCCCCGGAGUCCCCUGAACCAGGCACAGAUGUCGUCCCCGCAGCCCCCACGAAGCCUGAAGAGUUCUCCAAACUGGUCCUGCUGACAGUCUCCACAGAGAACGUGGAUGGGGUGGACUCCCAGCCUGAAGGAGGACACUGUGUCGUGUCCCUGGAGAUGUCUGGCCCUGACACCCUGGCCAGGAUGCCCCAGAUCCUGCAAGUGGAGGAGCAAGUGGGGGCAGUCCAGCCAACCCUCCAGGCCCCUGAGCAGUAUCGCAGCAAGCCAGACACAGCAGCCCCCAAGCCCCUGGAGUUCCUGAGGACCCCUUUCGGGGGCCGCCUCCUGGUGCUCGAGUGCUUCCUAUACAAGCAGGAGAAGGCCGUGGGGGACAAGGUGUACUGGAAGUGCCGUGAGCACUGUGAGCUGGGCUGCCGGGGCCGGGCCAUCACCCGAGGCCCCCGGGCCACAGUGAUGCGGGGCCAUUGCCACCCACCUGAUGAGGAAGGCCUGGAGGCCCGGCGCCGGAGACAGAAGCUGCCUAGCCCAUCCCUGCCUGAAGGCUUGGGGGGCCCAGAGGGUCCCGGAGGAGGCCGAGUGGAAGAGCCGCUAGAGGGGGUGGGCCCGUGGCUGUGCCCUGAGGAGCCAGAGCCUGCCCCCACAUUGGUGCUGAGCAAGCCUGCUGCAGAGGAGGAUGAGGGGCUACGAGCCCUGUCGCUGCUGAGCUUGCCCCCCAAGAAACGCCCGACACUGGGGAUCGGAGAACUCCGGCCCCCCCUGGAAUUCCUAAGGACAUGCUAUGGGGGCAGCUUCCUGGUGCACCAGUCCUUCCUCUACAAGCGGGAGAAGGCCGUGGGGGACAAGGUGUACUGGACAUGCCGGGACCACGCACUGCACAGCUGCCGCAGCCGGGCCAUCACCCAGGGCCAGCGGGUAACCGUGAUGCGGGGCCACUGCCACCCGCCCGACAUGGAGGGCCUAGAGGCCCGGCGGCAGCAGGAGAAGGCCAUGGAGACGCUGCAGGCCAGGCCUGGUGGGCCUGGGGGCCAGGCGGACCAGCUGCCUCAAGGCGUGGACAGCCUGCUCUGCCGCAGGGGGCCCGGGACCCUGAAUCUCAGCAGAACCCGGCCUAGAAAGCGCCCAAAAGUCCUCCCAGCCCAGCCCCCAGCCCUGCCAGGAUCCCCCGCUGAGGACCAGGACAAGGACCUGGGAGGCCCUGAGUUCUUGAGGACCCCCCUGGGGGGCAGCUUCCUGGUGUACGAGUCCUUCCUGUACAGGCGGGAGAAGGCGGCGGGGGAGAAGGUGUACUGGACGUGCCGGGACCAGGCCCGCAUGGGCUGCCGCAGCCGGGCCAUCACCCAGGGCCAGCGGGUGACGGUGAUGCGGGGCCACUGCCACCCGCCUGACCUGGGGGGGCUGGAGGCCCUGAGGCAGCAGGAGAAGCACCCGGGGGCAGCUCAGCGGGGGAGCCCAGGAGGCCCUGAGUUCCUGAGGACCCCCCUCGGGGGCAGCUUCCUGGUAUAUGAGUCCUUCCUGUACAGGCGGGAGAAGGCAGCGGGGGAGAAGGUGUACUGGACGUGCCGGGACCAGGCCCGCAUGGGCUGCCGCAGCCGGGCCAUCACCCAGGGCCAGCGGGUGAUGGUGAUGCGCAGGCACUGCCACCCGCCCGACCUGGGGGGGCUGGAGGCCCUGAGGCAGCGGGAGCAGAUCCCCAGCCCGGCCCAGAGGGAAGGCUCAGGAGCCCUCCAGCCUCUGGAGUUCCUGAGGACGUCCCUUGGGGGCAGGUUCCUGGUGUACGAGUCCUUCCUCUACAGGAAGGAGAAGGCGGCGGGGGAGAAGGUGUACUGGAUGUGCCGGGACCAGGCCCGGCUGGGCUGCCGCAGCCGGGCCAUCACCCAGGGCCAGCUGGUGACGGUGAUGCGUAGCCACUGCCACCUGCCCGACCUGGCAGGCCUGGAGGCCCUGAGGCAGCGGGAGCGGCUCCCCAGCGUGGCCCCGCAGGAGGACCCAGAAAAGGUGAAACUUCUGCCGGAAGUGCAGCUGUGCGUCCAGCCUGGUUCUCCAGAAAGCCAGCAGUUGUGUGGGUAAUUGCUGGUGAAUGGUACAAAGCUGGACAGCGGGGCCCAGUGAGGCCAGCCUCCUUCCCGACUCGAGCGGCCGAGCCUCCACGCUGCCGGCGUCAGGGAUCGUCCGAGCGUACCCAGGCCCCUGGCGUUACCCUCCCAGUUAGAUCCUGCUUCACAAAGACUUUCUUCCACUCGUCCGAAGCACUGGCCUUCACGUUUCUCCAAGGGCCUCAUACCUGGACGGCGUCUCCGGGCAGGCAGGCAGGAGCGCCAGGAGCUGGCAGCUGCAGGUGUGCAUGACGCGGGGAUGGGCCCGGCCCGCGACGGUCCAAAGAAGCCUCUUGACACGGAGACGCCUCCUCCCGGCUAUGCUGCCCUGAGCCGCAAACGCCCGCCUGUUUCCAGAGCCCGGGACUUUGCCCAGGACUUUCCCGUUUGCCAGGGUCCUGCCUCGGCCAGGGCGCACUGAGAGCCUCCUGCUGCUUCCAGCCAAGCGCCCCGUGAAGCUGUCGCCUCCCCAGAUGUUUCUGGACGGGUGCCAGGGCGGCGUCCGCACGCCCCUCACAGUAGCAGGGCAGGCCAGAGCAGAGGCCUUGCCACACCCUCUCAGCGCCUCUUUCCUUUGCUCUCUUCCAACUGAAAUUAAAGCCAGGGUCCGCGAUCACCGUAGCAUGUGGCGUUCCCCACAGCGGGAGUCGGUCCCGGACAGACGCUACUGGCCAGCGACGUCUGGGUCGCCCACAUUUGUGUGAUGCAGGACGACAGGCAGGCCCAGGGGGCGGCGAGGCCCACCCACCUCUCCCAUCUGGCUGCGUAACAGAGAGCUGGCCUCGCAGACCCGAGGAGAAGCAGGCUGGUGUGGCCCAGAGCUCCAGAGGCCGCUGCUGGCUGACUGGGCCGCGGCCUCCCCACGGGGUUCCUCGCCGCCAGCCGUAGGUACAGAGAGCGCAUAGCUGGCCGUGGAGCCUGCUGUCUGGCAUUGGAGCAGCGAUGGCUUGGGACCCCACUGUCCCUCCACGGGUAGAUUUGCUGCCAAUAAACCCUCUUUUAUAUCUCACCGUGUAGAACUGGUAUGUACGCCCAUGUCCCCUUUGCAAAGACAGUUGGCCGCUGUGAAGCCACACGCACUGUGUCUCCGUGCAAGGUCGGGAGUGAUGGAGUUUGGCCAGGCACCCCCAGAAGAGACCCCCACGCAGGAGGCAGUACCAGGUACCUGGCCCAGAUGUCAGCUGGAGCAGGAGCAGGUGGGGGUGCUCUGGAGCAGUGGCCAAGGGGUCCGCUCCAAGCACACAGGGCUGCAGCCCCAGCUGGCCAUUGCCUUUGUGUCGCUGAAACACCUUGAUUCUCUGCUGCUGCCCCUCACCCUGAGCCCCACCCCACUCUCAGAAACUGGGGCAAGCUGGAAAUGGAAUGACUACCCCAAGGACAGGGCACUUAGACCCCCAAUCAGACCCUGGCUCCCCUCCCAGGCAAGUAAGUGCCCCAUCAGUUGACCCAGUUGCAGCCCCAUGGGGCCAUAGCCUCGCAGCCUUGGCAGCGGUUGAGAGGACGGUGCAGGGACAUAGCAGGUAGGAGGCAGGUGUCUGCCAGAGGACCCCUGUGCUGACGGCCCUCAGCAGUGGACGCCCCACACGGGGGCCGUUUCAAGCAAUGCUCUUGGCCACACAGCAUACUGCCCUGAGACAAUGAGCUGCCCACGGCCGACGCCAGACACAGCCCUGUGGGAACAGAUAAGACACCCAAUCCCAGAUCCAUCUUCGUGUCACACAUACGCAUGCCCACGGGCAGUGGCCACACCUGGAGGAGAGUCUGUGCCUCUACCAGUUGAGUCUGCUCAGCUCCACUGUGGAAGUGGAGCCCCCCCACAGGCGUGAGGUGCUCCAGCAAGAAGUGCUGAGUCCCGACAGCUGCUGCCACCUGCAAAGCCACCUGCAGGGACACUGAGUUCCUCAUUCUCAAGUCCCAUGGCCCUCAGCUUGGCUGUGCUCUGGGAUGCAGCACAAGGAGAGUCACAGAGAGACCUAGGCUUCUCUUCAUUCCUGGACACUCGUGUUGACAGGGGCCUGCGUGCUCCUCUCUGCUCCUGCUUGGACCUCAGAGGACACACGGAUGCUCUGUGGCGCUUGGACUGACGACUCCCAGAUGGACAGGAAUUUUGACACCGCCGUCCCCUUGGGUGCCCCACGGCUGCUCCGAGCUCCGCAGGCUUCCUCCCAUAGGUCUGCUUCCUCCAGAGUCCAGAGCCCUGGAGAGGUCCCCUGCCCUGUCCCGUCACAGAGCAGAGUGCACAGGGGCAGGUGCCCAGGAAGCUGGCGCCUCAGUGGAUGGAUGGAGAUGGAUCGGCAGGGCAAUGCCCGCUCCCUCCCUGCUCCUGCUCUGCUGCUACUUUCCCCCAGUAAGCCCCAUUGUAGGAUGUCUCCACCACCGGAGCAGGUCAUUAGUGUGCCCGCCCCCUCUGCGUGAUGGUGAGCAACAAUUAUGAAAUUACGUUUCAAUUAUGGCAUUAAAAUAAAACUUCACUAGGAAUAACAGAA